AUGGCAUUGGAAAAGGUUCCAUAUUCCCCCUUCUUUUACUCUGUUUAUGUCAUGUUUAUGCUGAACUUGGUGAUCGCAUCCGAUACCUUAAAUCCAGGUCAGUCCAUUAAAGAUGGAGAGAGAUUGGUCUCUUCAGGCCAAAGCUUUGAGCUUGGGUUCUUCACUCCAGAAAAAUCCAAGUACAGGUACUUGGGGAUAUGGUACAAAUUUAGUCCUGAAAAAGUCGUUUGGGUUGCCAACCGAAACAACCCGCUCACUGAUUCAAAUGGUGUUCUUACAUUUAGCGAUGAGGGGAAUCUAUUUGUUCUCAACCGAUCAAAGAGCAUCAUCUGGUCUUCAAAUUCAUUCAGGGUUUUAAGAAACCCAGUCGCACAGUUGUUGGAUUCUGGUAACCUUGUCGUUUCAGAGAAUACAACUUCACAUUCUGGUGAAUGUUCAUGGGAGAGCUUUGACUAUCCAACUGACACCAUUUUAGCUGGUAUGCGAUUGGGAUGGAGCCCCAAAACCGGUUUCGAAUGGCGUCUGACCUCUUGGAAAAGCAAGGAUGAUCCUUCCUCUGGAGACUAUACCUACGGAAUAAAUGUUAAUGGGUUGCCCCAAUAUGAAAUGCUCAAAAGAGGCUCCACAAAAACAUAUCGAUUGGGGCCAUUUAAUGGAUUCCGCUUCAUGGGAACUCCAGCGAUUGAGAGUACCCUUUUCAAUGCGUCGUUUGUUUACAAUGAGACAGACGUAUAUUCUGAGUUUGAAUCUUCAAGGGAUGAUAUCAUCACCAUAAUCACGUUGAAUCAGUCUGGUUUUAUUCAACGUCUUCUAAGGAAGAAAGAGAGCUCUACAUGGGAUGUCAUGACCUCAAAACCCAGGGAUCCAUGUGAUAACUAUGGGCAGUGUGGUGCUAAUAGUGUCUGCAAAAGUAACAAAGACCCUAGAUGCCAGUGCUUGCAGGGAUUCGUGCCUAAAUCCCAAGAAGAGUGGCAGUUAUUUAAUUCAACCAGUGGGUGCAUUAGGAAAGCUCAGUUGAAUUGCUCUCAAGAACCGGGCUUGCUUAAACUUUCGAUGCUAAAUCUGCCUGAUUUGAUCGACUUCAGGGUAAACAAGAAUAUGAGCCUUGAGGAGUGCAAGGUGGAGUGUCUAAAGAAGUGUUCUUGCACAGCUUAUGCUAAUUGA